GUAAGCUUCAAUAUUCAAUGUCUAGGCCAUAGUAAAGUUGUGGAACUUUGGAAAUUUAUUCAAAUUUAGCUGUUAAUAAAAUAAUUUGCUCAACUAAACUAAGAGAUCUAAUUAAGGUUGGUCAGAUGAAAUAUAUAUUCUUAUAAGAAUAUUUUAAACAAUGAACAUUAUAUUUAAUUUUUACUUAACCUGCAAAUCUGAUAAUAAAUAUACAGGUUAAUAGUUUAAAAAUUAUUAAUCGCCGAUUUAAUCGCGUGAUAUUGUCCUAAAUCAUACGAUUUAAUAAAUUUACGUCACAUACAUCAGAAUUCCAAAGCGACUUCUGAAUUCAGACCGUCUUCAUCCUCGCUGAGCUCAAUAUGCAAAUGAGGUUGGAAAUAAACAGCACCCAAAUUUGAAUUUGUGGUUGGAGCGCUGAACAGUGUAACUUUGUAUUCACAUAAAUAAUUCGAGCACUUGUUCGAAUUAAUGAACUAAUUUUUGUAGUCGUUUAUCAAAGUUUAAACGACACCUAUUAAAAAGUAAAAAAGACGUGGAGUUUUGCACGACCAUUUCUCCUAACCUGUUGUUCUUACUACAACGAUUCGUUUACUUGCAGUAAUAUGCGUGCUGUUAUCAGAAUCGCGCUGCUUACUCUAUUAGUCGCUGUGCUGAUUCCUUCAUAUGAAACGUCUAAAGAAGAAUCAAAUAAAGAUGUAGAACAUACAACUAUAAUCUUAAUAGGAGCUACUGGAGAUCUUUCUAAAAAAUAUCUAUGGAAGUCUUUCUAUGCGUUGUUUACCGAUCGUUAUUUAGCUGGAAAGCGUCAUUUUUCGUUCUACGGAGCUGGGUUAUCACCCAUUGAGCAAGGUCGAACAAAAUUGAGUGAAAUUCUUUUAAACGUCGUUAGAUGUUUCGAUGAAAAAUGUCGUGAGAGGAAGAAAAAGUUUAUAGAAUCAACUCAAUACGUUCAAUUAAAGACAAGGGAACAUUACGAAACAAUAGGUAAAAGAAUCACGGAAAAUAUUCAAACGUAUUACGCAAUAGAUGACCCAGAAAGGAGUGUUGAAUUUGGCAGAAUCAUUUAUAUGGCUAUUCCUCCAAGCGCUUACAGAAUAACAGCAGAAUUAGCAAAUCGAUACCUCCGCCCAACUGUUGGUCGACCUUGGUUUAGAGUUGUACUGGAAAAACCUUUUGGAAGAGACUUGAAAAGUGCGGAAAGAUUAUCGAAAGAUUUAGCAAGUUAUUUUAAAGAGGAGGAAAUUUAUAGAAUAGACCACUACUUGGGAAAAUCCAUAUCAAAUUUGAUACUACCCUUUAGGAUUAUUCAUAAAAAUUCUUUUGAAUCAUUCUGGAAUAAUAAAUUUAUUGAAAGAGUUGAAAUAUCUUCAAUGGAAGAGUUAGACGUUAAAGGAAGAACUCAAUUCUACGACGAAGUUGGAGUUUUUCGCGAUAUGUUUCAAAAUCAUCUUACAGAACUUUUAGUCCUUAUUGCAAUGAAACUACCCAAAGAUUCUUCAAGUAUUAAAACAUUGACGGAAUCUAAAUAUAACGUUUUAAAAAGUAUAAACAAAAUCCGAAAAAAGCACGUUGUUCAAGGUCAAUAUGCUCAGUUUAAUGAACAAUUAAUCAAUGAAAAAACAAGGACCGCUGGCAACGAAAGCUCUAUGCCGACGUUUGGUUCUUCUGUUUUGUAUUUAAAUGAUCCCAGAUGGUCUGGCGUACCAUUUAUAUUAUCAAGUGGAAAAAGCUUUCCUGAAAAAUCAAGUUAUAUACGCUUAAUUUUUAAAUUAAACGAUGCCUGUCUUGUUAAUGAUAACUUGUGUGGAAAACGAAAAGAAGUUAUCUUUUAUUUAGGAGGCUCCAGUAUUUUAAUGCCUCCUUGUAUUAUUAUUGGUGGUGAUUUUCCUACUAUUGAAUCGUCUUCUAAGUGGAAACUGGAGCAUGUACCGGGUAAUUGGACAUUUAUGGGAUGGAACAUUUCAUCUGUACAAGUUCUUCAGCCAGAAGAAAUACGAGACGCCUAUACAAUUUUAGUUCGAGCACUAUUCGAUGGCAAUCGACAUAUGUUUGUUGAUACACCAAGACUAUUGGAAUCCUGGAAAGUUUGGACACCGAUUAUUGAGGAGAUGGAGAAAGAAUUGCCAAGGAUUUAUGAAAAAUCAAAACCUAAACUAGUCAACUUGAAAUUGACGCCCAACGGCGGCUUAGAUUACAAAUAUUUCCCGAAAAUCAUCAAAUUUAAUGAAAAUGAUGAAUUGGAUACAAAUACUUUUAGAAACUCUCUCUUAAUUAGACGAUCACACGAAGAGCUAGUUCUGAGUUUGGCCAAUGAUAUUGAAGAAACUAUGGUUGAAAGAAUUGAUUUGACAGGAGCUUUUCAUUUGGUUUUGUCUGGUGGCUCUUCUCCUAUACCGUUGUUGGAAGAGCUUUCCUCUAGAGCAUCAUUACCUUGGAGGCAAGUGCAUAUUUGGUUUGCUGACGAAAGAUGCGAUGAGAGUAAUUUUAAGAUGAUAAAUGAGAAUUUAUUGAAGAAUGUAGCCAUUGAUGUAGCUAAUGUUCAUAGAGUUCCAAUUUAUCUAUUUGAUGAGGAGGAAUGUUUCGAAAGUGCAAGAUUAUACAACGAAUUAAUAAAAAAGAACAUUAGGAGUGGACACUUCGAUUACAUUGUUCUAGGCCUAGGUAAUGAUGGCCAUACGGCAUCCCUCUUCCCAUUCGAUAAUCAAUCCUUAGACGAAAGGGAGGCUUACGCAUUAUUCACGAAUAAAGGACCAGUAGAUGGCGUUCAAAAUAGAAUUUCAUUAACUUUCAAGGCUAUCAAUUUAGGUAGAAGGGUAGCUGUAUUUGUUGCCGGCAAGUCAAAAAGAGAAAUAAUGCAAAAAUUGAAAACUGAUGAUAUGCAAAUAUUAGAAAAACCUAUUGUUGGGGUACAAACCAAUAAUUUAACUUGGUUUGUCGAUAAUGAAGCAAUGUAA